AUGUCGGAGACCAAACUUUCCAAAGCCCCGAAGGAGAGACUGACAGUUGCCCACACCACCUGGAAGCUCCUUUGCUUCUGGGUGUUGGAGAGGGCUCGAGAGGGGCUUGGCGGGCGCCUAGAGAGCUCUGCAAUUUCACGGAAAUCGCGGUCUUGGAAGAAGAAGGAAGAAGUCUUCUUGCUGUCUCCCACCCCCAAACUACUUCCCUUCCAGCUCUGGUUUCUUGCUUCUUCUGCUGCAGGGCCAGGCCCGGGUCUCCCUCGGGGAGUAGACCUCACCGACCGAGUGCCGGGGAAGCGGAGGGAGAGGAGGAGGAGGAGGAGCCCAGCUGGAGCCCACCCUCACCGUUCCCCACCUCCUCUCUCCCCUCUCCCCCCUCCCGGAGCUCUGGCUGGGGAGGAGAGGAAGCGGAGGGGGCUGCAGAGCUCGGAGGGAGAAUCGAUGCUGUGCAAGGGGCAGCGGGGUGCUGCGGCCGCCUGGGGCGAGCCCCCAGAGCAACUGAGGGGCAGCGCCAGAAGCAACAGCGGGGGUCAUAGCCCUGGUAAGCAAGACCAAUUACUGUCUGCUGGCUCCUUUCAGAAGAAGAGGUUGGCAAGAAGGCCUGGCUAUUUGAGGACAGACAUCAGGCCACGGAGAGAAUGCCUUACUCCCACUCUUCCACCAUCAUUCACCCUGAAGGAGCUGGGACAUGACAGAGACAGAAUGGCUGAGCUCAAGCCCUGUACCAUGGCCAGACAUGGAGACUUUGGUUUGAGAAGACAAGAUUUCAGCCCCUCAGCUGGGAGUCCCAUGCUCACAGGCAGCAGCGUGGUAGGGCAUGGCAUAUUGGGAAACUGCUGGUCUCAGCCAGGAUUAAAUGCCAGACUGAAGGACGGUGUCACUGGUCUUAUUGCUCCCUGCACCUCUGUUUGUUUGGAAGAUUUUCCACCCACACAUCUGCCUGAGGUCUCCCUGGCCCCUUGGGAGGUGGCUGGCAGUGCCAGAACUCAGGGUCACACAUUCCCUGUGGCACAGAAGGAAGCAAAUAUCUCCAGUGACCAAGUAGACCACCAGCAGCCUCUGCCCACCCCACCUAGCCCUCAUGAUGUCUUUAACUCAAGCUUUAGCUUCAUACGUCUGUCUCUCCAAUCUGCUGGGGAGCGGGGAGAGGCUGAAGGUUGUCUCCCCACCAGGGAGAGAGAGCCCCCCUGCCAGAGUUCCACAGAGGCACGAGCAGAAAAUACCAUUGUGGAUGAAUUGGUCAGGAGGCAGGGCAGUACAGGAGCCUGUGAGGACCAGAGAAGUGUUUCUCAGCCUUGUAGUUGUCGGACUGCUCGAGACCCAGUGGGCACCACUCUGGCUACGGGCAGUAAUAACCGGCCUGAGAAGGAGGUUUUUUCUUUCUCAGAUACUGAUGCAGCGAUCUCCUGUUCGCCUGAUUCCUCCUCUGUGGGUUCUUCGGUUACCUCAGGCUAUGAGAGCAACAUCAUGGCAAGUGAUCAGGGCUGGGACACCUUGGUCAAGAAAUACGAGCCAGUGCUGAUGGGCUGCCUUCUGAGCAACCAGACCCUGCUAAAGAUAAAAUCCUUGAUGUUCAAGCUUCAAAAACUUCUGGAAAAAGCAGUAGAAGAAGAUAAUUAUGACAAAGCUGAAGAAUUGAAAGAAAAAUUAGAAAACUUGGCAAAAGAAAAGAGCACCCUAAAGUUUCAGCUUCCUUCAAGACAUCCAUCCAUUAGUUCAUUUCUGGACCAUUUUGGAGCCCAAGUCCAAUCUGCUCUGCACUGUGCUACACAUAAGGUCAACAGUGAAGAAACCCAAUCACAGCUCAGAAUGGAGUUGAACCUCUCAGAAUCUGCAGCUCAGGACAGACUCCAGGUUUCCAUCACCAGAAGAGAUUGGCUUCUUCAAGAAAAGCAGCAAUUGCAGAAGGAAAUCGAAGGCCUCCAAGCAAGGAUGUCUGUGCUUGAAGCAAAAGAUCAACAAUUAAGACGGGAAAUAGAAGAGCAAGAGAAGUUCAUACAAUUGCAGGACUGUGAGCUGACUUCCUUGCUGGGCUGUGUGCCCCUGGGAGAACUGCAGGAGGUCAGGAAAGCCUUGGAUGACACUCUAGCCUCUUCCUAUCAGAUUCCAAUUAGUCUGGAGCUCCCUGGAACUAUUAAGAGCCUCCAAGAGAGAGAGCAGUCACUCAACUUGGCCAUUAAAGAAACUACUUCUAAGGUUUGUACAAGUCAGAAACUCUGCAGUACCUUGAGGAGGAAAGUGAAUGAAAUCGAGACCCAACUACCAACCUUGCUUGAAGCCAAAAUGCUUGCUGUUUCAGGGAAUAGCUUCUCAACAGCCAAGGAUCUUAUGGAGGAGAUUAGGUCCUUAACAUCUGAGAAAGAAGGGCUGGAGGGCCUGAUCAACAAGCUGUUGGUACUGAGUGCCAGGAAUGUCAGGAAAUUGGAGAGAAUUAAAGAAGAUUACAACAGACUGAGACUAGAUCUGGAGCAGGGGGAGGCUGCCUAUGAGAGCAGUGUGAAGGAAAACACUGUGAAGUACAUGGAAAUACUGGAAGAUAAAUUGCACAGCUCCAGGAGUCAGCUACUAGAAAGAGUGUGGGAAGCUGAUUUGGAAGCUUGUCAGCUCUUCAUCCAGGGUUUCCAACUUCAGGAGGCCAGCAGCUGUGCUUCAGAAGGAGAGGAGACUCAGAUAGAUGACUUAGAGAUGACUACUCCUGCUCCUGCCCCUGCUGCAUCUAUCUUCCCCAGACCAACUUCAGAAGAUGGGCUGAAACCCUUUUGUCAACCAGCUGAAGAGUGGCAGGCUAUCCUGUACCCCACCAUUCAGUGUGAUGGCUGUGAACAGAAAGAGCUUCUGGUCAAAAGAUUAUACUUGACCUCAGAAAUACUUGAAAAGUUAGCAGACACAUUGGAAGGAAGAAUUUGGAAUCUUACAUUAUUUCUCUAGAACUGGGAGAAAAAUGUGAAGCCAUCAGAGAAAAGUUAUUGUAUUUGGAAGAUCAACUUCAUGCUGCAAUCUAUAGCCAUGAUGAAGGUCUUGUUCAUAUCCUUUUACUCUUGAAUAGAUUUACCACCUGCCAACUUCUAACUCCAGAUAUAGAAAACAACAACAACAACAAAAGGUGCAUCAUGAUCAAUGAGCAAUACAGUAGAUAUAAACAA